AUGUCCGAACCCGGUGUCGUCGAUGAGCUCAAAAGCUUCAUUGAGACUGAAAAAGGCGCAAAAAAGAAUUUCGAAGAUGCUAUUGAACAUGCCAAAAACACAAAAACGGGAGCUCCUAAACAGAUGAAACAGUAUGGAAUUGCCACACUGGCCGACUUCUACAAGUACCUGCAUGAUUUUGUACACUGGAUACCAUUUGAGAAUUUGGACGGUAGUGAGCCCUAUGUAAGGAUGUGCCUUAUGUAUUUCAUUUUUGAGCAGCCUAGCGUACGGCACUACCAAACUCAACUGAAGCCUGAAACUUCGGGACAAAAACGUUAUCAACUCUCGCCAAUCUCUCAAUGGCUUGUGAAAUUCGCCCAACUGCAAGGCAGUUUUCUGAGCAGCAUAGGCUCUAUCAAUGACUCGACACUGGCUACCUUUACAGACGUUACAGGGGAAAAAAGCUAUCGAGUGGACGACUACAUUAAACCAGACGGCGGAUGGAAGACGUUUAACGAUUUCUUUUCCCGCAGCCUGAAGCCUGAAAAGAGGCCUAUCGCAGGGAAGGGGAAAGAUACUAUUGUUGCGAGUCCAGCCGACAACAAAUAUGGUGGACAAGUACCGAUCAGCGACGAUGGCAAAGUCAACCUUCCAGAUAUCAACUUUAAAGGGAUUGACUGGCCCGUCAAAGAUCUUAUUGCUGACACUGGGCUAAAAGAUGACACAUUUAAUGGUGGCAUACUGAUCCACUCCUUCCUUGCACCAUACGACUAUCACCGCUUUCAUGCCCCGGUUUCUGGGGAAGUUGUGCUUUCGAAAGUUAUUCAGGCCCAAGUUUACCUCGAAGUCAAAGGGAACGGGAAUGAAGUAGUCCCCAUUCGACGACCAUACCAUCAAUUCAAAGACUCUAACGAUGUUGAUGCUCCUGAUGAUCCUGGAUACCAGUGGUGCCAGACUCGGGGUGUCCUUGUGCUCAAGACCAAUAAUUAUGGCUAUGUGGCUGCCAUCCCCGCCGGUAUGUGUCAGAUAUCUUCGGUACAUAUGACAGCCAAGGUGGGCAAUAAUUUGGAGAAAGGUGACGAAUUCGGCCACUUCUUGUUUGGUGGGUCAGAUAUGGUGCUGCUUUUUGAAAAGCAGGCCAAGUUCAAGUACCAGUACGGGGAAACGGACUAUCACAAAUUUUUGAUGGGAGAGCAGUUUGGAACACUUGAAAAAUAG